UCACCAAUUGAGGGCCAUGGCUACUUGGCUGCUCUGAACAAGGCAUUAAAAAUGUCUAUUUAAGAACCCCAUGAUCAACAACAAAUGUGUACUCGUGAUCUUCUCCUCUUUACUAUCAGAUACUGCCAUGGCUGCUCUCCAAGCUCUUGCUAUUCUACUAUUUGCUCUCCUUUCAUUUGAGGCCACCACCACCACCUCCACCUCCCACCACCACCACCACCACCACAAGCAUGGGCUGAAAUCCCUCCACUUUGAUCUCUUUCAACAUGAAACAAUAAACAAGACAGGCUACAUCAUAGUGAAUGGAGUGACAGGGCCAGCCGUGGGUCAAACCACAACCCCUUUCGGGACCUUGUUUGCUUUCGAGGACCCAUUGACUGAAACAGCCAACCGAUCUUCAAAGCUGGUUGGGAUUGCAGAGGGAACUUCCAUCACCUCUGGUUUGGAUGGGCUGAGGACCAUUUCUAUUGCUAAGAUCACUUUGCGUUUGAAAAACCACAAGGGUUCCAUUUCCAUCGUUGGAGGCACACAUAACAUCAAGCCUUCUGAUCAUCCUGUUGUGGGAGGCACCGGUGACUUCCUGUUCGUGCAGGGCUAUGUGACAUCAUCUCCGGUCGAUCUCGAGGGCAUUACUGUCGUCUACAAGAUAGAGUUUCACCUUUACUGGCCUCCAUAUGCUGCUCAAGCUUCUCUUUCCUAGAUAUUUCGAAAAAUGAACUGUCACCAAUCACCAUUGUUUUUCAUCUGCUAAGCUGUAACCAAUAGUCUGUAUAAUAAAUCUACUGGUCCAAAUUUUCAUUUA